AUAAUAAUAAAAGUACUAAAAAAGAGGGGAAAAAUCGAAGGUCGAAGGGAAACCAAAAAACAUCCAAUAGCCAUCUUGGCGGUCGCUUCUCGCGUUCACAAAUCGAGCAGCAGCUGCCUGCUGGAAUUGGAAGGCCGACGAAUCUCCGGCUGAAGGAGGGCAAAUAGCGCUAAAGCUGUAGAUUCAGCAACCAACCCUCAUCGGCUCAAGAGCCGGACUCCAUUUUGGGUUCUCGAGAUGACAGAGGUUGCGAGUUCAGUGGUGCACGAGGUCCUUGGACAGAGAACUCAGGACGUGGAUCAGCCCAUCAUCGACUACAUCGUUAAUGUUCUUGCUGACGAGGAUUUCGAGUUCGGCGAGGAUGGCGAAGGAGCUUUCGACGCUCUUGGUGAGCUCCUCGUUGGUGCUGGCUGCGUUUCCGACUUCGCCGAGUGCCGCACGGCUUGCAGUAAAAUCUCAGAGAAGUUUGGGAAGCAUGGAUUGGUCAAGACUAAACCAACUGUGCGCAGUCUUGUAACACCCAUGAGAAUGAAUGAAGGAAUGGAUGAAGAGGAGGUUCCGAAGAAGAAGCCUGAAGUUAUCGAUGGUCCUGUACUGACUGAGCGUGACCGAUUAAAAUUAGAGAGGAGAAAGAGGAAGGAGGAACGUCAAAGAGAGGCGCAAUACCAAAUGCAUUUAGCCGAAAUGGAAGCAGCCAGGGCAGGAAUGCCUGUAGUAUGUGUUAAUCACGAUAGUGGCACGGGACCUGCAGUCAAAGAUAUUCAUAUGGAGAAUUUCAAUAUUUCUGUCGGUGGUCGUGAUCUCAUUGUGGAUGGUACAGUCACACUAUCAUUUGGAAGGCACUAUGGUCUUAUAGGAAGAAAUGGUACGGGGAAGACAACUUUUCUUCGGUAUAUGGCUAUGCAUGCCAUUGAUGGUAUUCCUAAGAAUUGCCAGAUAUUACAUGUAGAGCAGGAAGUUGUUGGUGACGAUACUUCAGCAUUGCAGUGUGUUUUAAAUUCAGAUAUUGAAAGAACCCAACUUUUGGGAGAGGAAGCUCGUCUUCUAGCCCUACAGAGAGAGGUGGAGUUUGAGGAUGAAAAAAGCAAUGCAGCUGCUGACAAAGAUGGCAUUGCACAAAGGCUUGAAGAGAUAUACAAAAGGCUUGAGUUUAUUGAUGCUUAUUCUGCAGAGGCACGUGCUGCUUCCAUUCUUGCUGGCCUGAGUUUCUCCCCAGAAAUGCAGAAGAAAGCAACCAAAACGUUUUCGGGAGGUUGGAGAAUGCGUAUUGCUCUUGCACGUGCAUUGUUCAUAGAGCCGGAUUUGUUGCUACUUGAUGAACCCACAAACCAUCUUGAUCUUCAUGCUGUUCUCUGGUUGGAAUCGUACCUUGUGAAAUGGCCCAAAACAUUCAUAGUUGUUUCUCAUGCUAGAGAAUUUUUGAACACGGUAGUCACGGACAUCCUUCAUCUUCAAGGGCAAAAAUUAACGACUUAUAAAGGUAACUAUGAUACAUUUGAAAGGACGAGAGAAGAGCAACUUAAGAACCAACAGAAAGCAUUUGAGGCAAAUGAACGGACAAGAUCACAUAUGCAGUCGUUUAUCGAUAAGUUCAGAUACAAUGCAAAGAGGGCAUCUCUUGUUCAAUCAAGGAUCAAGGCUUUGGAGCGAAUUGGUCAUGUGGAUGAAGUUAUAAAUGAUCCAGACUACAAAUUUGAGUUCCCAACUCCAGAUGACAGGCCAGGUCCUCCUAUAAUAAGUUUCAGCGAUGCAUCAUUUGGCUAUCCAGGUGGCCCCAUAUUGUUCAAGAAUCUGAAUUUUGGGAUUGAUCUUGAUAGUCGAAUAGCAAUGGUUGGUCCAAAUGGCAUAGGUAAAUCAACUAUACUCAAAUUAAUUGCAGGGGAACUUCAACCUACCUCUGGAACUGUUUUUCGUUCAGCUAAGGUUCGAAUAGCUGUCUUUAGUCAGCACCACGUUGAUGGGUUAGACUUGUCUUCAAAUCCACUUCUGUACAUGAUGCGUUGCUUCCCUGGUGUGCCAGAACAGAAGCUUCGAGCUCACUUAGGUUCAUUUGGUGUAACCGGAAAUCUUGCUCUUCAGCCUAUGUACACGCUAUCUGGUGGUCAGAAAAGCAGAGUCGCUUUUGCGAAGAUCACAUUCAAGAAACCACACAUAAUAUUACUUGAUGAGCCAUCCAAUCAUCUGGAUCUGGAUGCAGUGGAGGCUCUAAUCCAAGGCCUUGUUUUGUUCCAAGGAGGCAUUCUCAUGGUUAGUCACGAUGAGCAUCUGAUAUCGGGAAGUGUUGAGGAGCUGUGGGCAGUGUCUGAAGGUAAAGUAAAUCCAUUCCGUGGCACAUUCCAAGAUUACAAGAAGAUAUUGCAGUCUUCGUAGAGGAAUUUGACUUAAAAUGAAUUGUGUUCGAUAUGGUUGUGAGGUAGCUUUAAUAUACACUAUGUGCGCUUGAAGCUUUUCAACAGUUUUGGAAUUUUAUACAUGUAUACCACAAACAGAUAUGGAAUUUUCCAGGAUAAAAAUGCCAUGUUGAAAGUGUAACUGAACUUUACUAGUCUUUGUUAUAUUCCUUCUCUUCUGAUUGGGGUGUAACAAGGAUUCUUCACAUUGACUAAAAGGUAGGAAAUCUGGUAUUUUAUCUGAA